AUGACUACUGCUAGUGGAAAAGACGAUAUUUCCAAUUCUGAUUUCGACAUCAAUAUUCUUCAAGAUCCAUUGGUUGACCCAUUGGUUGAUAUGAAAUUUCCGUUACCAAUAGAUAAGGAAACUUAUAUUGAUAGUCCCAACAAUGUCAAAACUCUACACCAAUCUUUCAAUUUGUUGCAUUCAGCAUAUCGAUUCUUUACUGGAAAAAAAUAUUAUGACAAGAUUUAUAAAGAUGUUGAAUACAAAUACUUUAUGAAUAAACAUGAUGAUUCAUUUAAGAAAAAGUUCAAAGAUCAUAUGGAUGGUAAAUUGGAAAAAGAUGAUCCUAAAUUGGAUGAAAUUGUCUACAAUUUGAUUAAUCAAGAAUUAAAUAUGAAGUUGAUCAAGGCAUCUGAAUUUAAAUCAAGAUUUAAAGAAGUUAAAGACUACAUGAUCAAAUAUUACAAAGAUCAAAAUGAAAUCAAUUUACCUACUUUUGCGUCUCAUGAUUUUAUUAGAAGCGCUUAUGUAACAGUUAUGACAAUUAUGCAAAAAUUAUUCCCCAAGGGAAUUUGGGUUUCCAAUCAAGAGAUGUCAAAUUUAUUUCAGAAAUAUAUUGAAAAUCCCAUGUCCAUUAUAUGGGCCCCAUCUCACCAAUCCCAUUUGGAUUAUGUCAUUAUUCAUUUAAUGUCCAUAAGAUUCAAUAUUGCUACUCCAUCAGUUAUUGCCGGUGAAAAUUUAAAUGUUGCCGUUGUCGGUAAUCUUUUGAAAAAAUUGGGUGCCAUCUUCAUUCCACGUUCAUUCAAUAAUGAAUUAUACACUGAGCGUAAUUUAAACAAUGUGAUUGAAUUCUUGUUGGUUAAUAAAACCGCAUUUGAAGUGUUUAUUGAAGGUACAAGAUCAAGAGAUGGGAAAUUGUUGUUACCCAAAUAUGGUAUCUUGAAAUCAUUGGUGUCGAUAUACUUGAAACAACGUAACGAAGAACAUAAUGCUCAUUUUGAUAUGUUGUUCCAACCACUUGGUGUUACUUAUGAACGUAUUUAUGAAAAUGAUUCAUUUAUUAAAGAGUUGAAGGGAGAUGACAAGACUCAAGAAAGUCUUGUUGGAAUUGUUUCAAUUGCUGCACUGGCGUUCUUUCCCAAGAAGGAUCAAUUAGUUUAUGAUAAACAGGGGUUCAAUGAUAACUCAAAUCGUAAUUUGACAGGAAAGAUUUUUGUUAAAUUGGGUCAAGGUUUCACCUUGAGUGAAUUCCUCACAAGUGAGCAACAAAUUGCCGGAGGUGAUGAGAUCAAGAAUGAAAAAGAUGUCAAUUUAAAAAAAUUGGGAUUCAAAAUUUUACACGAAGUUAAUCGAAUUGCUUUCAUUCCGGAAAUUUCAAUCAUUGGUACUGCGUUACAAGCAUACACCGACUAUAGUGGCAAGACUAUUUUCACUACUAAUGAAAUGACCCCUACUUUGAGAUUAGUGUUGAAGAUGUUACUUAAAGAAAACGAAUCUUCAGUCACAAACAAGAUUAUCUUACAAGAUAUGUUGGAUGCUAAUGAUGCAGAAAUUGCAUCUGUUAUCAAGUAUUGUAUUGUUUCAUUCUUCAGAUUCAUCAAAGUUAACGAAAAGAAAGACCUCAUCAAGAUUGAAUCACCAAUUGAAUUAUUGUAUUACAAAAAUUUGACUAUCCAUUUGAUUAUUCAUAAAUGCAUUGCCAUGUAUCUUUUGUUAUUACUUGAUGGCGAUUACAAUUCGAACCGAAGAAUAUUGGGUAAGUUGUUUUACAUUGUCACGAGCUUGUUAAAGAACGAGUUCUUAUUUGAUUAUGACGAGAACCCAAGAAACGCAUUGAAUUUCAUUCUUGAUGAUUUGGUUGAACAGGGAGUUAUUAGCAGAGUCGAACCACAAAAGAGAAUCACCAGUGCUGAAACAACCCUUGCUUCCAAUACAUCUUCCUCUUCCUCUCCCUCUUCCAACGAAGAUGGCCCAGAAUUGCCAUAUUACAAGAUUGAAGAUCGUCAAUAUGUGAAAACAUUUGCCAACUUGGCCCAACCAUUUAUUGAAUCCUACAUUGUCUUGAUCACCAACAUCUUGGAAAUGACAACCAAUUUAGCCAACAACUAUGCCCGCGCCAAACGUCAACAAACCCACGCCAAGAUCAUCUUGGACGACGAAGACUUAAAAUACCCAACAACAAAAGGUUUACUCAAAUAUAUAAUUGAUCAACUGAGAAAGAAAGCCCGAUUCAAAUCCCUUGAAUCCAUAAACAAACAAUAUUUGGUUAGUGAUUUAUAUUACUUGAACAAUUUACAAUUGGUUAAAAUCUUUAAAAACAAAGCCAAAACCAAGGCAUUUGUUCAAAUUUUAAAUCCCAAGGAUCUUGAUAUUUUGAAUCAAUUUUUAAUGCAAUUGUUGAAUUUAAGUCAUGGGGAUAAGAGUUUGUUGACUGAUGAUGUUAACAUCAGUUAUAUCAUUGAUAUCACUGAAAAGAAUUUUGAUCGUGAUUCUGCUCAAAUUAGAAGAAAUCAAAAAUUCAAGUUGUAA